UCGAAAUGAGUCCCAUGACUAUCCUCAUAGAGUGGCCAAGUUUCCAGAAAACAGAAAUCGAAACAGAUACAGAGAUGUAAGCCCAUAUGAUCACAGCCGUGUUAAACUGCAGAAUGCUGAGAAUGAUUAUAUUAAUGCCAGUUUAGUUGACAUAGAAGAGGCACAAAGGAGUUACAUCUUAACACAGGGUCCACUUCCUAACACAUGCUGCCAUUUCUGGCUUAUGGUUUGGCAGCAGAAGACCAAAGCAGUUGUCAUGCUGAACCGCAUUGUGGAGAAAGAAUCGGUUAAAUGUGCACAGUACUGGCCAACAGAUGACCAAGAGAUGCUGUUUAAAGAAACAGGAUUCAGUGUGAAGCUCUUGUCAGAAGAUGUGAAGUCGUAUUAUACAGUACAUCUACUACAAUUAGAAAAUAUCAAUAGUGGUGAAACCAGAACAAUAUCUCACUUUCAUUAUACUACCUGGCCAGAUUUUGGAGUCCCUGAAUCACCAGCUUCAUUUCUCAAUUUCUUGUUUAAAGUGAGAGAAUCUGGCUCCUUGAACCCUGACCAUGGGCCUGCGGUGAUCCACUGUAGUGCAGGCAUUGGGCGCUCUGGCACCUUCUCUCUGGUAGACACUUGUCUUGUUUUGAUGGAAAAAGGAGAUGAUAUUAACAUUAAACAAGUGUUACUGAACAUGAGAAAAUACCGAAUGGGUCUUAUUCAGACCCCAGAUCAACUGAGAUUCUCAUACAUGGCUAUAAUAGAAGGAGCAAAAUGUAUAAAGGGAGAUUCUAGUAUACAGAAACGAUGGAAAGAACUUUCUAAGGAAGACUUAUCUCCUGCCUUUGAUCAUUCACCAAACAAAAUAAUGACUGAAAAAUACAAUGGGAACAGAAUAGGUUUAGAAGAAGAAAAACUGACAGGUGACCGAUGUACAGGACUUCCCUCUAAAAUGCAAGACACAAUGGAGGAGAACAGUGAGAGUGCUCUACGGAAACGUAUUCGAGAGGACAGAAAGGCCACCACAGCUCAGAAGGUGCAGCAGAUGAAACAGAGGCUAAAUGAGAAUGAACGAAAAAGAAAAAGGUGGUUAUAUUGGCAACCUAUUCUCACUAAGAUGGGGUUUGUGUCAGUCAUUUUGGUUGGCGCUUUUGUUGGCUGGACACUGUUUUUUCAGCAAAAUGCCCUAUAAAUAAACAAUUAAUUUUGCCCAGCAAGCUUCUGCACUAGUAGCUGACAGUGCUACAUUAAU